UGAGUCGGCGGGACCCGAGCAGCGCCGAAGUUCCCUCGCUUGGCCGAGAGCGCCCGGCGAGCUCGACUCCGGAGGCAGUUUUUCAUUUUCGCUAUUUGGGAGGCAGCGAAGCGGAGGAGAAGGUCUCCAUGUAAACGGGCUGUUCUCGCCACGAGGAAGAAGAGCGGGUGCGUGGACCCCUGAACACGCCGGCGAGGAUGAAGUACACGAAUCUUAUGGCACGAGCCCUCUAUGACAAUGUCCCUGAAUGUGCAGAAGAGUUGGCCUUCCGCAAAGGUGACAUUUUGACAGUGAUUGAACAGAACACAGAAGGACUGGAAGGAUGGUGGCUUUGCUCCUUGCAUGGUCGGCAAGGCAUUGUCCCUGGCAACCGGGUGAAGCUUCUGAUCGGCCCCGUACAGGAGAGUCCCCCCAACCAAGAUGCUCCAACCCCAGGAUCUGUACCUCGACCCUUUAACCAGCACAAGGUCUCCCCAGGGCCAAAUGUGCAUGGUUCUCCUAGGGAUCCGGUCUACCAGGUGCCACCUUCUUAUGGCAAUCAGGGAAUCUAUCAAGUACCCACCGGCCAUGGUCUCCAUCGGCAUGAUGUCUACCAGGUGCCUCCAUCAGGACAGAGAAGCUUUAGUGGAAUGGAUGGAUCUCCUGUGAGCAACAAGGUUGUAACUCCAGUCAGGUCAGGACAAGGUUACGUUUAUGAGUUCCCUACGAAAUACCAGAAGGAUACGUAUGACAUCCCACCAGUUCGUCCUCUUCAAGGGAUCUACGAUGUUCCCCCUGCAUCCUUCAAAGGUCCUGCACAAGCAGCUCAAAUGGGUGAUGUGAAAUCUCAAGGGGUUUAUGAUGUUCCUCCUGGAAAAGGGAUCUACGCCAUUCCGCCUUCAGCAUGCAGAGAUGAUGCUGAUUCCCGAGAAUGCUUGCCAGACUCGGCUGCUUGCAUGAAGCAUGAGGCAAGACCAGAAGGGGUCUAUGAUGUCCCUCCACCCGUGGCCAAAGCAUCUGCAAAAGAACCUGGACAGAAAUGUGUUUGUAACCCCUCUGCCUCUUCAGAUCUGACACCACCCCAGCAAAGCCUGUACGACGUCCCAGUGAGCCAUCAAACCCCACUUGUGGGGCAUCAUCAGAUUGCUCCCCAGAUGGAUGUCUACGACACCCCUCGAGGAGUCCUGUUCCCUGGACAGCACUUGGGGUUUGGUGAAAGUCUAAAUCCUGAAGGAAAAGAAGGUGUAUAUGACGUGCCCCCACAAGUCACCCAGGAUGCAAAAAGACUGCAGGAUGUGACGGAUGGGAUGAACAGGUUGUCUUUUUCCAGUACAGGCAGCACAAGGAGCAACAUGUCCACCUCUUCCACAACAUCUAAGGAAUCUUCUUUUUCAUCCACUCCUUCUCAGGACAAAAGAUUAGUGCUGGAUCCUGACACAGCCAUAGAGAGACUUUACUGGCACCAGAACACAGUGGAGACCACCGUCUCCAGUGUAAUGGCCUUUGUUACACCUGACUGGCGCUCUUAUGAUUACAUGGAGAAGCAUAUCAAUAAGAUCCACGCUGCCAUUGACAAGGUAGAGCAGUCGCUGGCCGACUAUCUUCAUUUCGCUAAAGGGGCAACAGCCAAUGCUUCCUUCCUCCCUGAGCUCACCCUCUAUAAUAAGAUGAGGAGGGAGCUACAGAGGCUAGAAGACUCUCAUCAGAUCUUAACCCAGACUAGCCACGACCUCAGUCAGUGCAGCUGGUCCUUGAAUAUUCUGGCUGUCAACAAGCCCCAGAACAAAUGCGAUGACUUGGACCGAUUUGUGAUGGUGGCAAGGACAAUCCCGGAUGAUGCAAAGCAACUAACCACUAGCAUCAGCAUCAAUGCUGAGGUGCUUUUCAAACAAGGACCUAGCAGUUCCUGUGUAAAGACUGCACCAGACAGUGUGGGGUCUGCAGUGGAUUAUGUGUACGACAAUCCACAGGCUCUGAUGACACACACUGGAGACAAAAGCCUGGACCAUGGGGCCUCUUUGCUUCUUUCUAAGGACCAGCACUACCAGUACAACAGCAGCAAUGGCUCAGAAAAGAGCUGGAUGGAUGAUUAUGAUUAUGUGCACCUGCAGGGAAAAGAGGAGUUUGAAAAGCAACAGAAGGAGCUACUAGAGAAAGAAAAUAUAAUCAAGCAGAACAAGAUGCAACUGGAGCACCAUCAGCUGAAUCAGUUCCAGUGGCUGGAACAAGAAAUCACAAAGCCAGUGGAAAAUGAUAUCUCAAAAUGGAAGCCGCCUCAGAAUCUUCAUCCUGUGAGCAGCCUGGUGUCAUCUCAAGAAAGACAACUGCUUUUGUUUUAUUCAGACCAGUGUGAGGCUAACUUCAUUUCCCUCUUGAAUGCCAUUGAUGCUUUCUUCAACUGCAUUAGUGCUGCUCAGCCCCCAAGGAUCUUUGUUGCUCAUAGCAAAUUUGUCAUCUUGAGUGCACAUAAACUGGUAUUUAUUGGGGACACCCUGACUCGUCAGUUGGCAACUCAGGAAAUACGCAACAGCAUCAUGAACUCCAGCAAUCACCUUUGUGAAUUGCUGAAAAACAUUGUCAUGUCAACCAAGAUGGCUGCUUUGAAUUAUCCCAGCACAGCCUCCUUACAGGACAUGGUGGAUCGAGUGACAGAACUUUCCCAUUACGCACAGUUGUUUAAACACUCUCUGGUACAAAUGGCGUCUUAUUGAGAUGCAAAAAAUGGACCCAAGCCAAGCAAGAAUAAUGCUUAAAGAAAAGAACUGGAAAUGUUUUCUAUAUUACUUUGGAAAAAAAAAACCUAAACUUGGUCAUUUAUUUUUCCCUCCUAGAUGUUUUAUAUUGAAUAUUUUAAAUUCAUUUUAUGGAUUAGAAACGAUUAAAUGGUUUCAGCGAUCUCUUCUCUUUCUUCACCCAUUUAAGUAUUACAUAUAUAAAUAUAAAAUUGUACUCUGCCUAUAUGUAUAUAUUGCAGCAUUUUAUAAAGUCCAUUAAGUAAGCACCUUAACAAAAUCAUCCAACAGUUUUUUUUAGUGUAUAUGUGGCCUGGAUUUUUCAGGAUAUUCAUUAACAAGAUACUACUUUUACCUUUCAAGGGCUGUAAUAUAUAUUGUAUUUUAUUUUAGCAUAAUUAUGUCAUACAGAUAACGUUGUAAAGGCUGCGGCAAUUCCAAAAGAAAAUAUUAUUGUCUUAGUCCCAAUUGCCUUCCCAAAACAAAUCCUACUUGCCAUAGGUUGCUACUAAAUAAAUUGUACCCUCCUUAA